AUGUAUCAUGGCUUGAGUCUGGCCUCGGAUAGGGGUGCGCGCGACGUUGAGUGUCAUUCAAACUCUCUUGAUGUUGUCUCUCUUGUGAACUCUGUUCCUUCCUCUAGACGCAGCUAUGCUGCUUUGAUUUGGGACAUCAAGGACCUCCUGGAUCGUGAAUGGAGGGUGGAAGUUUAUCAUACGCUCAGGGAGGGUAAUGCCUGUGCCAAUUUCCUCGCAAAGUUUGGAGUUGGUCAGGAUAGUCAACUAGUUUCUAUUGAUAGCCCGCUUAAUGGGAUGAGCUUGUUAUUAUUGGCAGAUGUCAUGGGUGUAGCAUCUGUGAGGCCUUAG